AUGCCAACCGUUGAAGAUCCAAGCAGUGAACAAAACUUCAUUGCACAUUGGAUGUCCGAUAGUUCCCGUGCUGGAGUCUUAUUAGAUCCUAGUUUUACUGGUUUGAAAAUCAGCAAAGAAAAUUUGUUAUCUGGACCUGAAAACAUCACAGCUUUCCCUGCUGAAGAAUUGCAUCUUUCAGACAGCUGUUCUGUAAGUGAUGACUCCUUGUGUGAAGAAGAGUCUGGCACCUCUUGUACACUUCAGCAACAUACCACUGAAGCAUCCUUUCCAGCAGCAGCAUAUAACAUAGAAACCUCCAAAACAGACUUUGUCCAUGGUGAAGUGGAUGGUCAGAAUAAAUCCAGUCACAGCGAUCCACUCUUACAAAAGCUUGAACAGCUGAAGGAAUUGCAACAACAGAAACAGGAACAGCUAAAGAAACAACAGAUGGAGCAACUUCAAAGGCUAAUGGAAGAGCAGCAGAAGCUGCUUAGCAUGGUGUCUGGCCAGACAGCAGUUCUUGGCUAUACUGUAAUGGCUGAAAGUCCAAAGCUAAGACCUGGGCAUUCAGCAGGCUUAACAACUUUACACCAAUUGCCAUCAUCUGGGUAUCAGAAUAUCUUUGAAGACAGAGCUUAUGCUCCGAUUGUUUCUCCACAUACACAAGACAGUGAUUUUUUACAAAAGUUAAACAACAAAGAAUGCACCUCAUCUUUGAAGAACAGUCUUUCAGGAGUGUCUGCCUGUGAGAAACAAGCUCUGGGAAAAAGCAUGUGGUGUCCAGAACAAAAGAUGGAAAUAUUAAUGGAGAGUGAAGAUUGUCACAUUGAUCCUUUAUAUGUGGAAAGUGCAGAUAUCUCUGAAAAUUCCAGCAGAGGAAAACACUUGUGGACUAAUACAGAGGAAAGACCUAUUAAAGCUGCGAUUCAGGAGAAGAAACAGACAUUUGAAGAAUUCCUGGAAGAACAGAUACAACUAGAAGAGCAGCGUCUGGAGCAAAACCAGAAGUUACAGGAGACAAAUGGAUCAGCCAUUCAAAAACCAGUGAUCAAACGACCGUUCCUGAAAAGAGGAGAAGGCUUAACAAGGUUCACUAAUGCAAAGUCUAAAAUUACAAAACUUGGAGAAAGCACCUCAAAACUUCAACAAAGGGAUUCAGAUGACAGAAAUGUUAUUAAAGUGGACAGAUCACAAAUACAGAAGAAAACUAUGCCUCCUGGCAAAGAACCGGUUUCUGAGAACCCUUUUGCACCAUGUAAAAAAUAUAACCACCCUGAUAAAGCAAAACAUUGCCCUAUUCAGAAGAACCUGGUACUCAGGAAUCACAAUGGAAAAAAUACCUCACCAUUAGAAACAAGAAUGCAACCAGGAAAAAAUCAUGAUGGACAGAUGAGAGAUUCUUUCCUAUCGGAGAUUAACAACAAAAUAGAAAAUAAAGAGAACAUAGUAGAAUUUGCAAACGCUAACACUGGCAAAAUUGGAAACAAAUUACCUGGCACAGAAAAGCCUCGGUUGUCUCAUGAGCUGGCCAGUGCCUUUUCUAAUUCUAAAUGUCCUAUAGGUCACCCUGUAAAGGAUCCAGAACUGUCUUUUGAAGUUUCAUUUCAGAAUAAGCUGGAAAACUGGGAAAAAGAAAAAGAAAAAGAGAAUCUAGAAUUAGAUGAAUUUUUGUUUCUAGAACAAGCUGCAGAUGAAAUAUCUUUCUCAAGUAAUUCCUCAUUUGUGCAAAGGAUCUUAGAUCAAGAUCAGCAAACUUUAAAAGGCCGUAGAAUGUCUUCUACCCCUAUCAAGGCAAAACAGCAGCAAGUAAAGGCGUUGGCUGUUGAACUUACAAAUAAGAAAAAUAAAAAGGCAGACUGUAUGACACAGGGUAAUAUAAAUGAUAGAGCAGUUAUGCAUACAGUUUCAAAUUCAGGAACAGCUGUUAGAAUGAAGGAUCCAUUGAAUAAAACGGACAGUGUAAUAUUUUCAGCUUCUUCCAUGACAGCAGCUCCUGUUUUGAAAAGUAAUCAAUGGAUUAUAAAUGAAGAUGAGGGUGAGGGCAGUGGUGAUACUACUACAGAUUCUGAGAGUGAAUUUGAGACCACAUUAAAGCAUGAAAAUGAAGAUGCUAAGACAUCCUUUAUGAGCCAUAGAGAAAGUGAUCCAGAAUUUUUUGAUUAUGGAGGUUCUGUUACAGACAUCAGCAAAAAAAGCAAAAAUGGAGAUGAUGACCUUGGCUUGUCAGACAAAGAUUGCAAUGCACUGUCAAAGCAAAAGAUUAGAAAAGCUUCAGACCAUCUGAGAAGCAUGUCUUGUAUAAGUAGGAAUAAGUUUGAGUUUGAUGAUGAAAGAACAUGGAGCGAUCUCGAUGAAGAUUAUGUUAACACUGAUUUACCUGAAAAAUGUACUAAAAUGCCUUUACAGACGGACUUUUCCAGUAAGAAUGAUAAAACUGUCCCAGAUAAAGCAAUAAAGAGAAAAGUUGCCUCAAAGAGGGGAGAUGAAGUGUCCAAAGAGUCUGCAGUGGACAGUGGUUCAAAUGGACCUCCUGUAUCAAACCUGAUGAUGAAACUCUUUCCUUCACUGAAACCGAAACAGAAGGCAGGCUGUCAUUCAGAGCAUGAAAUCAAAUCAAAUGUGGAACAGGAGCCGGGAG